ACCAAUCCGUUCUUCUUCAGCUAUGCUAGUAUUCCAUUUGAAGAUGAACGUAUCAAAAAGGACGUCUGGCCAGAAAUAAAGCCCUUGACUCCUUAUGGCCAGCUUCCUAUGCUCGUAGCUGAUAGAAGGAAGGUUGCUCAGUCUACAGCUAUUUGCCGUUACUUAGCCAAACAAUAUGACUUAGCUGGAAAGACUGACUGGGCAGAUCUUCAUAUUGAUGCCACUGUUGAUACUAUUCAUGAUAUUCGUCAUAAAAUUGCCGCCUUCCACUAUGAGGAGGACGAGAAGGUCAAAGCUGCAAAACGCAAGGCUGCUGAAGAGACGCUGCUGUUCAUUUUAGAACGUUUGGACCAGCAAGUGAAGGAAAAUGACGGCUACUUCUACGAUGGUACUCUCUCUUGGGCUGAUUUAACAUUCGUUGCUCUGCUCGAUUAUUUGAACUUUAUGUACAAGUCUGAUCUGAUCGAGAAUUACGAGAAUCUGAAGCUGCUGGAGAAAAAGGUCCUCCUUCUGCCCAAGAUCAAAAACUGGAUUGAGAGACGCCCAGUUAGCGAAUUCUAAACUUCACGAUUGCUUAUGGUUUUAUAAGCGUUUAAAGAUUGCGGUCUUAGUGUGUUGAGAGAAUGAAGAACGAAUCGUGUUGAUGGAAGUUUGUACGGAAUAUACUGAUUGCUUUUAACAUUCAUUAGUUCCAGUUAUUACCGAUAUUUUUGUCAUUUAGUUAGGGUUUUCCCUUUAGAUUACGUUGUGAUAGAGAACUAUUAUUUGUGUAUUCCUACAGAAACAUACGAACUAUAUAAACUGUUGACACGAUGUUGUGCUUUUGUAUUAUAGAGAUAAUAAUAAAACCAUCAAACAAUCAUUAA